CACCACGUUGAUUUGGUCGGUCCCGUUCGGCGAUGCUGUCGUCGCAUGCAGCGCCUUGCCUGGUCGAGGCCACUAACUAACGGGGACACUCGGCACGCAAAAGAUACCCUGCAGGUCACACGGAAACUACACGGACGGCGACCACAGGCUAACAGCCGGCCAUGUCCCCCAAAUCAGAGAGCUCGGAAUCAUCCGAGGUGUCACCACCGUCGUCGCAGGGAAAACCGCGCGCGAAUAAGAGAGCCACACACACCCGAUCCAAGCUCGGUUGCAAGGUCUGCCGCAUCCGCCGGAUCCGGUGCGACCUGACUAGACCCGCCUGCCUGCGCUGCACCACCACCGGUCGAACUUGCGAGGGUUACCCCAUCACCACGGUCGAAGUGACGGGUCUAGCCGACAGGAAGCCGCCCGAGGGAGGGCUAGCUCCCCUGCUGCCCUCGAGCCGGACCACCCCAGGCGUGCUCCCAGGGGUUCCACAGGCAGGUCGCCGGUCGCUCAGCUUCUUCCACGAGAGGACUGUGAGAGAGCUCAAUGGCUACUUUGAAGAUGGCUUUUGGAAGACGGUCGUGAUGCAGAUCGCGCAGCGCGAAGAGCCCGUGCGCGCCAUGGUGGUCGCCCUCGGCUCGCUGCACGAGAGCUUCAACGUUACUUCCCCCAACCUCAUCGCCGACGACAGCGGUGGGCUCUCGCGCGUGAAGGCGCUUGAGCUACGCGCCGACAGGGAAUACACGCGCGCCGUGUCGCUGCUCAACACCCACCUGGCCCGCAGUGGCUGGGCCGGGCUCGAGGUCACGCUGACGACGGCGCUGCUGUGCAUCUACUUUGAGUACCUGCGCGGCCGCUACACGGGCGGCUACGCGCACAUGCGGAGCAGCCUGGUCAUCUUGUCUCAGUGGCACGAGGGCAGCGUGCCAAGCAUGAGCCGCGGGACCUCGCCCUGGUCGCCCAGCGGCCACCUCAUCCGCGCCCAACUGUGGCCGCUGUUCACAACCUUGGCUCUUCAGGGCUGCAGCUUCACCAACCUGGGGCCUGUCCCGCGCCUCCCACUGUCGCGUGACACCCCCAAGACCGUCGCUAGGUGGUCCGGGAGGGGGCCGCCGCCCCUGAUGCUGAAGAAGGGCGAGAAACCGGUUUUCGGCAGCGUCGCCGAGGCGGCCGCAUCUCUCGACCUGCUGCUGGCGGACUUCCCGCCGGGAGGCUUCGAGGAGGAUGAAUACGAGGAGGAAUAUGAUGAUGACACGGACAGCCCGGGGAGCCCAUCGGAGGAGAGAGAGGCGAGACCGCCAAAGUGGUCGAUGAAGAAGCGUCUGGCCCAGUGGCUGACGGCGCUGGACAGGUUCACGGCGACGCAUAAGCCCACAGAGGAGGAGCGGCGCGAGAUCAAGCUGAUGCGGCUCUGGCACGUCUCGGGGAACACGUUCCUCCCCUUCUCGGAGACACAGCCCGGGAACGAGAUGGCGUACGACAUGUUCACCGACACCGUCGCGGCCCAGGUCGACGGCGCGGCCGAGCUGCUCGCGCUGGCGGUGCGCGACGGCACGCCGCAGCGGCCGGGCAUCAGCACAAACAUCCAUGUCUCCAUCACGCCCAUGAUGUACGGCCUCGCCAUCAAGUGCCGGCACCCGGCGGUGCGGCGGCGCGCCAUGGCGGUGCUCAAGUCGAUCCCUCCCGGGCCCGACGACAUCUUCAACCCGGCCAUGGCCUACAUCAUGGCGGGCCAGCUCGUGCGGUUCGAGGAGGAGGCGGCGCGCGAAAUAACGGGCCGCGCCGUCGAGACGGAAAGGGACGUGCCGCCCGCCGCGCGCGUGUGCGACAUGCCGCUCAAGGUGGACCUGGUCGGCAACCGCAUCCUCUUCAAGAUCAGGCGCUUCGGAUCUGGCGAGCUGAGCCCCGAGAUGGCCAUCAGCUGGUUCUUUGACCAGGAUAAGCCCGUCGGGGAGUGGCCCAAGGGCGUGGCGCCGUCGAACAGCAAGUACAGGAAGGUCAGCAGUCCUCUUUCGAGCGCGACUUAGGUAAUUAAUUCAAUCGAGCGAUUUUGUGGUUAUGAGGAAUGUGCCCUCUGAACCGACCUGCGGGUCUUGACAAGCGUGUCGACGCC